AUGAUCCGCCGAAGGGCCAUCUCGAACAGGAAACGCAAGCGAUUGGAGACUCUAGGAGAAGCUAUGGAGUUCUCUGAUGUUGUUUAUGUUAAAAAAGGUAGAAAAUCGAUUUUGAAGGGGUGGAGAUUUUGGCUCCCCCCUUCACCUGUGCUGGAUGGGGAGGCUCUGUCUCCACACUCGAUUCCAACAUUGGAUGAGCGGCGCAAACGUCCGGAUAUGGUAUCUUCAAAUCGUUUUUGUGGGAUUGAUAGUACAAAACCCUUCGGGGAGGAUGGGCUUGUGAAACCAUCUGGUAAUCGUGUACUUCUUCUUCCCACUCGUGACGAUGGGCCGUCACCUUCGGAGCUGAGCAAUCCGAGCUCAGGCAAGUGCUCCGAUGCAGUCGCCGGGUCGAAUUCGUCGGCUACAGGCUCGGCUCUAUCCCGUGAAGCCCGCUCAGUGACAAUCACGCCGGUUGGGAUACGAUUUGGCAUUGGGCAGAAUCUCGGAUUUCUCUCCCCGAAGAAACCGAGCUCCGCACAAAUUAAAAAUUAA